AUGUUGUGCUGGGGAAAUGCAUCUUUUGGACAGCUUGGAUUGGGUGGAAUUGAUGAAGAGGUUGUUUUAGAACCCAGAAGAAGUGACUUUUUCUUAAACAAAAGGGUCAGAGAUGUAGGAUGUGGACUGAGACACACUGUUUUUGUCCUGGAUGAUGGAACAGUUUACACAUGUGGAUGCAAUGAUCUAGGCCAACUAGGGCAUGAAAAAGCCAGGAAAAGACCAGAGCAUGUUGGUGCACUGGAUGCCCAAAAUAUUGUAGCUGUGUCAUGUGGAGAAGCCCACACUCUUGCCUUAAAUGACAAGGGUCAGGUCUAUGCUUGGGGUCUGGCUACUGAUGGACAGCUUGGCUUGCCUGGAACAGAGGAAUGCAUCAGAGUGCCCAGAAAUAUUAAAAGCUUAUCAGAGAUCCAGAUUGUUCAAGUUGCUUGUGGUUAUUAUCACUCGCUAGCACUCUCAAAAGGAAGUGAAGUGUUUUCCUGGGGACAAAACAAAUACGGCCAGCUGGGCUUAGGUUACGAGUACAAAAAACAAAACUCACCCCAUGUGAUUAAAUCUCUGCUGGGAAUCCCUUUUGCACAGAUUGCAGCAGGAGGAGCUCAUAGUUUUGUACUAACUCUUUCUGGAGCCAUUUUUGGAUGGGGCCGCAACAAAUUUGGGCAGCUGGGUCUUAAUGAUGACAAUGACAGGUAUGUUCCUACGCUGCUGAAGUCACUGAGAACUCAGAAGGUUGUUCACAUAUGUUGUGGAGAAGAUCACACUGCUGCCCUUACAAAGGAAGGUGGGGUUUUUACAUUUGGAGCUGGAGGCUAUGGUCAGUUGGGUCAUAACUCCACCAGCCAUGAGAUAAACCCAAGGAAAGUUUUUGAACUUAUGGGAAGUGUUGUCACGCAGAUCACGUGUGGCAGGCAGCACACUACUGCAUUUGUUCCUUCAUCUGGAAGAAUUUAUUCUUUUGGACUCGGAGGUAACGGGCAAUUAGGUACAGGAACAACGAGUAACAGGAAAAGUCCCUUCACAGUGAAAGGAAACUGGCUUCCUUAUAGUACUCAGUGCCCGAUAACCUCAGACAGCGAGGAGUGUUACUGUGUAAAGAGAAUUUUCUCUGGCGGGGACCAAAGUUUUGCACACUACUUUUAUCCACAGAGCAUGGUGCCGCCAGAUGAUUUUAGGUAUCCUGACUUCUUGAAGCAGAUCUGGACUGUGAAUGAAACAUUUAUUCAAAGAUUGCUGACUUUCCCAGCUGGAAGACUUCCUGUAGAGGUAGCCAAUGAAAUUGAUGGAACGUUCUCCUCAGCGGGGUGCCUGAAUGGGAGCUUUUUGGCUUUGAGCAAUGAUGAUCAUUACAAAACCAGCACUAGAUUCUCAGGGGUUGAUAUGAAUGCUGCUAGACUACUAUUUCACAAACUUAUACAGCCUGACCACACUCAUAUAUCACAACAGGUGGCAGCUAGUUUGGAAAAGUACCUUAUUCCCAAAUUGACCAGCUCCUUACCAGAUGUUGAAGCUUUGAGGCUCUAUCUCACUCUACCAGAAUGCCCACUGAUGAGCGAUGCAAACAAUUUCACAACGUUAGCUAUUCCUUUUGGAACAGCUAUUCUGAAUCUAGAAAAAGCUCCUCUGAAAGUUCUUGAAAACUGGUGGUCUGUACUUGAACCUCCCUUGUUCCUCAAGAUAGUAGAACUCUACAAGGAUGUCGUAGUCCACCUUUUGAAGCUGUGUAAGAUGGGUGUUCCGGCUUCUGAAAGAAGAAUACUUACCAAUUUUCUACACACGGCUUUCAGAGUUCUGGAAAUACUUCAUAGAGUAAAUGAAAGAGGACAAGUUAUACAGUAUGACAAGUUUUACAUUCAUGAGAUACAAGAUUUGAUAGAUAUCAGAAAUGACUAUGUCAACUGGGUCCAGCAGCAGGUAUUUGGAAUGGAUGUCAACCAUGGAUUAACUGAGAUAACAGAUAUUCCUGUUACAAUUUGCACAUACCCCUUUGUAUUUGAUGCCCAGGCAAAGACAACUCUCCUACAAACAGAUGCAGUCAUACAGAUGCAGAUGGCUGUUGAUCAGGCUCACAGGCAGAAUUUGUCUUCUCUCUUUCUGCCAGUAUUUGAAUCGGUCAACCCAUGCCUGAUAUUAAUGGUACGGAGAGACAAUAUUGUAGGAGAUGCUGUGGAAGUCCUAAGGAAAACCAAGAACGUGGACUACAAGAAGCCACUCAAGGUUAUUUUUGUAGGGGAAGAGGCUGUUGAUGCUGGAGGUGUUCGCAAAGAAUUUUUUUUGCUCAUCAUGAGGGAGUUGCUAGAUCCGAAAUAUGGAAUGUUCAGGUAUUAUGAAGAGUCCAGGCUGAUCUGGUUCUCUGAUAAGACCUUUGAAGACAGUGACUUGUUUCAUUUGAUUGGUGUUGUCUGUGGGCUAGCAAUAUAUAAUUUUACUAUUGUAGACCUUCAUUUCCCCUUGGCUUUGUACAAAAAGUUACUGAAUAAGAAACCAUCCCUGGAGGACUUAAAAGAGUUGAUGCCAGAUGUUGGCAGGGGAAUGCAACAGUUACUGGACUAUCCAGAGGAUGACAUAGAAGAAGCAUUUUGUCUUAAUUUUACUAUCACUGUGGAAAACUUUGGUACAACAGAAAUUAAAGAGCUUGUUCCUAACGGUGCUGACAUUCCUGUAGUCAAACAAAAUAGGCAAGACUUCGUAGAUGCAUAUGUGGAUUACAUCUUCAAUAAAUCUGUGGCUUCCUUAUUCAGUGCAUUCCAUGCAGGCUUCCACAAAGUAUGUGGGGGUAAAGUUCUUCAGCUCUUCCAACCCAGCGAGUUGCAGGCAAUGGUGAUUGGGAACACAAAUUAUGAUUGGAAAGAAUUGGAGAAGAAUACAGAGUACAAAGGAGAAUACUGGGCGGACCAUCCUACAAUUAAAAUAUUCUGGGAGGUUUUUCAUGAGUUGUCUUUGGAGAAGAAAAAACAGUUUUUGUUGUUUCUGACAGGCAGUGAUCGCAUCCCAAUUCUUGGAAUGAAGUGUCUUAAACUAGUCAUCCAACCAACAGGAGGUGGAGAAGGUUACCUUCCGGUAGCUCACACUUGCUUUAAUCUUCUUGAUCUUCCAAAAUACACAGAUAAAGAAACCCUAAAAUCUAAGCUCAUCCAGGCUAUAGAUCACUAUGAAGGCUUCAGUUUAGUAUAACUUCAGAAAUGAGAGUUCUGUGUAACGUGGGAUCAUUAACUUUUUGUGUCUUGUGGUGGUAAAUUCAGUGGAUUAAAUGAUGGAGUUGAUAAUAUAACAGAUUACUUUCAAAAAUGUUCAGUGGUACGGAUAUUCAUGGGAGCCAAAAAAAA